AUGGAGGAGGAGGAGGAGGCCGAAGGGCCCGCCCUCCCCCACGACUGCCUCUAUUACCCCAUGGACUUAUACAAUUCUGAGGACCGACUGCCCCUCCUGCCUGGACCCACUGGGCACCCUGCAGAACUGGGCCGGGCUGUGAGCAGCCGGGCACCACCGCACUUUAGGAAGGAUCCAGAGGAGUUGGCUCGACUAUACGAGCUAGCAGAUGCCGAGGAGCUGGGGGACAGGUCUGUGGGGGACGGUGCCCUGCAGGCUGGGUCCUCUGAGUUCGCACCAUACUCCCUGAGGAAGACCCAGACUGCCCUCAAGCAGAGAAACUGGAGGUCUGGCGGGGAAGCUGUGGGGCCUGAGGACCCGGGCUGGGGCCUGACGGGGGCAUGCCAGGACCUACGAGAGGCCUACUACUACACACACGGUCGUGCCAGUGAGGAGUACGAGUGCUAUGUCAUCCCUGAGGAGGAUGACGAGGAGGAGGCGCCCAACGGCUUCUGCGUCACCUGCAGAAUCCCUGUGACGGGCUCAGCAAUGGUGUCCGAGGAGCAUCGGGAGCAUGAGGUGACCCCACUCAGCAAGGCCCUGGAAGGUGCCCGGGACGAGAUUCACAAGAACAUGAGCAGGCUGGAGCAGCAGAUCCUGGACAUGGAGAACUUCGCCAGCCACCUGGAGGAGGUGUUCAUCACUGUGGAGGAGAACUUUGGGAAGCAAGAACAAAACUUUGAGUCCCACUACUCCGAGAUCCUGGAAACGCUGGCCCAGAAGUAUGAAGAGAAGCUCUGCACUCUCGGGGAGCGGAAGCGGGAGAAGCUGGGCACCCUGUACAGGCAGCUGCUGCACUGCGGAGAGAGCCUAGACACAUGCCGCGAGCUGAUGGAGACUUUGGAGGAGCUAUGCCACCAGGGCAAGGCCGACUUCCUGAGGGAUGCUCUGGUGAUGGCUGACAGACUGGGGGAGUUCCUGAAGACAGACACAGAUGUGGAAAUCGUGGGCCGGUCUGACUUGGAGGACCAGACCUUGGACUUCUCUGAAGUGGAGCAGCUGAUGGAGCACAUCCACUCCAUCCCAGCUCCUUCUGCUCCAGUGAUAAACCCGCAGGCCCCCAACUCGGCCACAGGCUCCUCGGUGCGAGUAUGCUGGAGCCUAUAUUCGGAUGACACGGUGGAGAGCUAUCUGCUGAGCUACCAGCCUGUUCAGGAUGGCCCACCCGGAAACCAGCAGGCGGAGCUGACAAUGACUGUCAAAGAGACAUACUGCUUGGUGAGAAACCUGGCACCUAAUACCCAGUACGAGUUCUGGGUCACAGCUCAGAACCGGGCCGGCUGCAGCCCAGCCAGUGAGCGAGCUGUAUACAUGACAGCUCCUUCUCCCCCCAUCAUCAGGAGUCGGGAGCUGAGGAGCUGCGAGGAGGCUGCGCUUGUCCUCUGGGACUCGGGGAAUAUGAACCCUGUAGACUCCUACACACUGGAGCUGACCCCUGAGGAGGCACCUGGCAUGUCGGGUGUCACUGAGUCGGUGGUGGGCAUCCCCAACUGCGAGGCACUGGUGCAACUGCAGCCCAGACAGACUUACACCAUCUGCGUGCGGGCCCUCAACGUGGGAGGACCCAGUGCCCGCAGCCAGCCAGCCAUGGUGCGCACCACAGGCAGCUGCUUCCCCCUUAACCGCCUCACCUGCCACCCCUGGCUGAGCAUCUCUGAAGAUGAAGACGGACUUAGGGUAGAGCGGCGAGAGCAGAAAUACACCAAGAGAGGGCCACCCCCUAGCAGCACCCAGUUCUCCAGGUGUGUGGCCGUGCUGGGGGACCUGACGCCUGUCCGAGGGCGCCACUACUGGGAGGUGGAGGUGGACACGGGCCUGGACUACACGGUGGGUGUGGUCCUAGAGGACGUGCCCAGGCAAGAGCAGCUGGGCGCCAACCGCCAGUCCUGGUGCAUGCGGCACACGGUCACCUCUGGGCGGCCCAAGUAUGAGUUUCUACAUGACCAGAAGACACCAGAUAUUCGGAUAACAGUGCCCCCGAGGAGGAUUGGCAUCCUCUUAGACUACGACAGUGCAAAGCUGUCCUUCUUCAAUGUGGCCAUCUCUCAGCACCUCUUCACCUUUAGCUGCCACUUUCCCCACUAUGUGCACCCCUGCUUCUCUCUGGAGCAGCCUGGCAGCCUUAAGAUCUACCAAGGCAUCCCAGUGCCCACAUCAGCCGCUCUCUACUAG